GAAACAGAAAGGGCAAAUCUCAAGCUCUUCUUCUCAGUAACUGAGCUAAUUUUCCUCUGGAAUAUUUUAAAGUCAUGUUACUUUUAUUAGCACAUUUUUGCCUAUGUACAUUUUAUUGGGAAAAAUAAUCUAUUCUCUAUUUUGUUUUACAGGGCCUUUAUAUUUUCUUGAUUUAUGCCAUUUAUAACAGUGAGGUCAGAAAUGCAAUUCAGAGGAUGAAAGAAAAAAAAAGGGCCCUAUCAUUCACGAAUUGUUCUCAGCCUACAAACUAUUUAUCCAGUCCAAGGAAUACCAUAUGGGACAAUGGAAAACCAAGGCUCACCCCACCGAAAAGUAGUUCAUCCACUAUGCCUAUAAGGAAUACAUCAGGCAAGGGAAAUGUAGUGGUCAAGCACCCUGUAAACAUAUAUUCCAUCCUGUCGACAGACAACACAGUGAGUAGAAACUUCUUUAAUUUGUCUUGUUCU